UCAGUGCCGCCCACCUGUACCCAUCAGUGCCACCCACCUGUGCCCAGCAGUGCCACCCAUCAGUGCUGCCCAGCAUCAGUGCCCAGAAGUUUCUGUCAGUGCCACCCAUCAGUGCCCAUCAGUGCUACCCAUCCGUGCAGCCUAUCAGUGCAGUAUCAUCAGUGCCUCCUAUCAGUGCUGCCUAUCAGUGCUGCCAAUCGGUGCUGCCUAUCCUGCCACCUCAUCAGUGCCCAUCAGUGCUGCCUAAUAGUGCAGCCUCAUCAACACACAUCACGGUGCACACCCGGCGCUAUCAGUGAUCACUGUGUCCCUGAUCAUCAGUGCCCACCAGUG